AUGGCGGGUCGUGGCAAAACUCUCGGAUCUGGGGCCGUGAAGAAGGCAACAACGAGGAGUAGCAAAGCCGGUCUUCAAUUUCCGGUGGGUCGUAUCGCUCGUUUUCUGAAGAAAGGCAAGUACGCCGAACGUGUUGGUGCCGGAGCGCCGGUGUACUUAGCCGCCGUUCUCGAAUACCUAGCCGCCGAGGUUUUGGAAUUGGCUGGAAACGCGGCGAGGGACAACAAGAAGACUAGGAUUGUUCCGAGGCACAUUCAACUCGCGGUGAGGAACGACGAGGAAUUGAGCAAAUUGCUCGGCGAUGUGACCAUUGCUAGUGGAGGUGUGAUGCCGAACAUCCACAAUCUUCUUCUUCCCAAGAAGACCGGUGCUUCAUCGAAACCAUCUGGUGACGACGAUUAG